CCUGCUUUCAGAUAAUGGCCGCUUUGGGCCUUCUAAUGCUUGUUGGCGUCCAUGGAACCACAAUAAUCAGCAUUGAAUACCCGCAACAGCAGCAACAGAUGGCAGGCGUCGGCCAGAUGGGACUGGAGCAUCCGCAGCCGGCAAAGAGGGAUCUAAGCUUGAGCUAUGCGGCCACCAAUAUUGACUCCAAGGAGGGGACACGCGUCAAGACCAUCACCGUGAUCAAGAAUUUGGGCGGCGUCCAUGGUGGAGAUUUGCAAAAGCAGCAGCAGAAGCUCGCCAUCGAUCCAUCACUGCAUCAGAACGAGGAUUGGGCGAGUGCAUUUCGUGAUAACUUUGACUCCUAUGGGUCCCUGCCCGAUGUGCCCGACAUAGACGAUUUGUUUGAGUUUGUGAAUCGCAAGAAGCCCGAUGAGCCGAAGAAGACACAGGAAGCGGAGGUCAAACCCAAGCCAAAGCCCAAGACCGUAGAGGAGACAACCACCAGAAAGGCAAUCAGCGAGCACAGCGGCAGCAGCAGCAGUAGCAGCGGUGGCAACAGUGACAGCGAUGAGGCAGUGGUGGAGAAGAUCAAGGGCGAUGCCGAGCUGUUGCCGCACAUUAAGCAGGCGAAUAUCCUACGUCUGCAGGCGGCCCAGGCACGCGCCUCCAUGGAGAGUCGCCAGAAGACACGCGAAUCCCUAAUAGCCGUCAACUACUCGACGCCCAUGCACCAGGUGACGCAGUACUUUGACAAUUAUGUCCAAGCGGUGCCCAAUGGCUAUGAUUACAGCAAGCCAUGCGGCGCUCCCCCUCCGGGUAAUAGCUAUCAGGUGACGACACCUUCGGGACGCACAUACGACAUACCGCAGAGCAAUAGCAGCGGCACUGGUGGUGGCAAUCAUCCAUACUUGGCGCCGUCGCUCACGAAGAAGACGCAGAUUCCGCCACUGGCGCCGGCACAGCCUCAACAGCCGCAGGGGCAGCAGCCGCAGUCGCCUAACUACUCCUCGGUCAACUCGCUGGUGCCGCCCGUGGGCAAUCCUCCUCCGCAGGCACAGGCGCAGCCUCCUUUCCAGCAACAGCCGCAGCCCCAGCAGCCAAAUGGCGGAAUACUGCCGCCCCUUCCGGCUGCCGGCAAUGGGAUCUCCACCAGCCAGCGGCCCUAUGUGGCACCCAGGCUGCGCAACAAUGGGCUGGGCAUCAAUCGGGGACCAGUCUCACCUUUGCCACCGCUCGGCUCGACGCCCCAGCAGACGCCCAGCUUCCGCUCUGGCAUCUUUGGCGGCGGCGGCGGCGGCGGCGGCGGCGGCGGUCCGAAUACGUUGCGAUCGCGUGGCCUAAAGUAUUGAGCACAGACUACAUAUAAUAUAUAUUCGGGUCUACGAACUGUAGCUUAGCUUAAGCGUCAAGAGAGUUUCCU